UGUAACUGAAUGCGCGCGCGCCUGCUGCCGUUGAAGUGUAGCGCGGGAAAACUUUUCAAAUCCUAUAAGUGAUAACCUCUGAAGAGUAAUAAAAAUUUUUGUUAACUUACGUACUUACUUGUUAAUUAAGAAGGAUUUAUCUGAGAUCAGUAACGACCUUUGUUCAGUAGUAGUAAUAUUUGUAGUAAACGAAAAAUGACGACGUUGCUGAGGAAAAUUUGGAAAAAUCACACCAAACACCAAAAGCUAUCAGAAGAAUGGGCACUAGCGGAGUGCGAAGGGGAAGGAUGGUGGAAGGAGGCGCGCGAUUCGAGCCGCGACCACAUCGACGUGCAGUACGCGGGCGUGGCGCCCGUGGAGCGAGCUUCCUCCGCGCCCGCCACCGCGCUCGCCGUGCGCGCCGCCUUAAACUCCGUCAAAUCGUUCAACAAGAAAAUGCAGAGGGUGAGCUUAGACAUCAGCUCCAAGGGCAUAGUUGUGAACGACGUCAGCGCACAGGAAGAAAUAUUAAGCAUAUCCAUUUACAGAAUAUCGUACUGCUCAGCGGAUGCGGCGAAUGCGCGCGUGUUCGCUGUGGUGGAAGGCAAGUCUACUGGCGGAUCAGCUGAGACCCACGUAGUGCACGUGUUCGUGUGCGCGCGGAGAAAACAUGCGCGAGCCCUGGCGCUGUCUCUCGCGCACGCCUUCAAUGACGCGUACCAGGCUUGGCAAGCAACACAACAAAGCAGUAUGCAAGGCAGCGGGAAAGGACUUGCACCUUGGGUGCGAUUUGCCGAAGAGUCAGACGAUGAAGUCGACAAUGAGCAGUGGCAAGAAGCAGCACCGCCGCUGGUCACGUUCGCCUGAAAAUCUUUGGAAACAUCUUUGGUUUUUGCUGCUUUUUGCUUCGCUUCUUAAAUAAAAUUACAAGUUGUCAUUACGAACUUUUGGCAUUCACAUCACAUUACUAUAGACUAGGAGGAAGAAUAAGGAACAUGUGAUUCUCGUGUAUUAGUUGUAUUGAUAGAAGCAGGCCGAAAUCCCAUUGUAAAAAUUGGUUGUCACCUAUGAUGUUUUAAAGUUAUAUUAUACGUCAUUGGUUAUUGCUUAAAGCUAGAAUAAGCUCUAUUGACUCAAAUUCAUACUUGACAUUACAAAUCGAUAUCAAAAGACACCAUAAAUAAGACAAAAUAAGAUUUUUUUUUAAUAUUAAUACAAUUCAAAAAUUCUUGCUAAAGAUUAUUACCAACAUUUCACAAAAGGACCUACUUAAUGUUUUUGAUUGAAGUUAACAUGAAGAGGAAUAAAAUUAAUGUUAG